CUGCAGGCUUGGAGCUCUAUCGAGAAAAUUACAGUCAGCUCAAAACACAUCUUAAUUCUUAUAGGAGUAACUAAGUCAACAGAAGCAGCUUCAGGUAACAAUCAAGAACGAGGUCAUGGGAAAGUCAGCUUCCAAACAAUUUGCUGAAGAGGUCUUAAAAGCCCACAAUGACUACAGGAAGAAGCAUGGCGUCCCACCACUGAAGCUUUGCAAGAAGUUAAACAGUGGAGCACAACAGUAUGCAGCAACACUGGCUAGCACCAAGGUCCUCCAACACAGCCCUGAGUCUUCAAAUGGAAAAUGUGGAGAAAAUCUAGCGUGGGCUUCCUAUGAUCAGCCAGGAAAGGAAGUAGCUGAAAGAUGGUACGCUGAAAUAAAAAAUUACAGCUUUCAAAAUCCGGGGUUUUCUUCUGGGACAGGUCACUUUACAGCAAUGGUUUGGAAGAACACAAAGAAGAUGGGAGUUGGAAAAGCCACAGCAAAUGAUGGCUCCACAUUUGUGGUGGCCAGAUACGAUCCACCUGGAAAUGUAGUAAAUCCAGGUUUCUAUGAAGAAAAUGUUCUUCCUCCAAAGAAAUAAUAAAAAGACAGUUUUUUUUGGUUAAUGAAAAGUGUACUUGUGGACUGAAGACAUCUUUAAAAUUAAAUAAAAUCAAAUGAUAGUCCAUGCUUGAUACUACCAUUCACCUGUCACUACGAAGCAACAACUGUGCUACUUGAAUGAGUCUGUACAGUAGAUCUAUACAGCUUCUGAGAUAUGUUCUUGUUCUGAACUAAUUCAUUUGAAAAGUACUAAAGCAUGGGUAUAUGCAAACUCCAAGAUUUUGAUUUUGCCAAACAUGUAAAGGGCAAGAAUUUAUGUGGCUUUUUAAUAGUUUGUGUUAACUGUGUGUGGCUUUUUUUUUAAAGCAAACAAGUUUGUAACUUUGUAACUUUUUAACUAAAAAUAUCACCUUGUAAUUAUCUAUCACUGUAUUCCAGUUUUCCAGUAUUUUUUAAUGAGACGCCAUCUGUACGUUACUGUUUUAGGAUCCAAUCCCGCAGUUUUGAGACAGGCAACACUCCCUUAGACUUCAAUAGGAAGUUACAUACGAGUAAGGGCGGUGGGACCAGACCCACCCUCUUCUAUGAAGAGAAAAAUCUUGUUGAAUGCUAUCCAAAACACAGCAGGUGAAACCAUACAAACCAAUCUGCUCUGUAAUUAAUGUCUGGUACAUUGUCAAAGAUGUUUAUAUUCAACUGGUAGAUUUUAAGUAUUAGUAGCUAAAAUAGUUUUUGAAUGGACUAUAUUUCCAAUUCAAAUAAUCUCUUAGAUUUUACAGUACUUAUGUUGCCUUAUUAUAAUAUACAUCAAAUUGGAGAUAGAUAUUAAGUGCACAUGUCCUGUUUAUUUCAUUACAGAAAAACAAAAUAUCCCCCUUUCUUUAGCUUCUUGCACUCUCUCUCUGACUCACUAAAUGUUGCCACAAGUUGCGGUUUUAGACCUAAUCUAAGGAACUGCUAGUUUACUUACCAUCAAAAUGUGCUAAACUCUCUCUUAGACAUCUAUUGCCUGACAUAGGUCCAGAGAUGGUGCAGGUGGCUCGUGCUUCCAUGCAGAGGGAAUAAUACUUAGUACCUGGGCCCCAGAAGAAGAACUUCAGUGGAGCAUCUUGGAUUUUGCAUUUUUGUUCAAUGAACUAAUAUUUGCUUCCAAAUGAAUAUCAGGUACAUGCCUCAUACUAAAAGAUCAAUAAUGUUCCAGAGUCCUAUUCUCUUAUCCUCUAGCAAAAUCCUAUGGGGUUGCAUUGGGUAUAAAUGAUGCAAGACUUUGGUCCACAUAGUUUACUUUGAGUUUGAACUAGGCAAUAAGAAUAAUAUUUUCCUGUGCAGGAUGGAUGUGUGAACCAAUCCAAGGUUAAAUUAUCUCUUUAAAAACUGGCUGCAGGCAUUUCCCCCCUGAUCAAAUAUAAAAAGGGGAUCAGUGUUAUCCCAGCACUACAGGGCCAGGUGCUGAAACCCUGACUCCUAUUGGGUAUGCCUGUGCUUCAUAAGUAUUCCUUUUGACUUCAGUGGGAUUCUGUAGGUCAGAAUCUGGCCCACAGAGAGUACCAGUAUGGAAAGGCUUUUUGUUUACACAAUUUUGGUAUAUUGCAAUGUUAUGGCUUAGUUAUAUGUCACUGUGGUAGUGUGUUAGAUUCCUUUUGCUGUAACCCAAGAAUUUAACACAAAAAAAUGAAAAUCUGAAAAUGAAAAUAAAUAUUUUUCUUAUGAAUUACUUCUAGGUAAUUGUAGACUAAUUUGAGUCGUUUACCUCAGUCUAUAUUAACUAAUCCAGACACUUUAUUUU